AUGGCCAUCUUGGCCAGGCCCAGGAGUGACUCUAACCGGCUGAGCUACUGUGGUGGGGGCACCCUGAGCUGCUGCUGUCCGGCUUCCAGGCUGAACGAGGACAACGCCCGCUUCGCCCUGCUCGCCCUCUUCAUCCUGGGCUACCUGGCGCUGGGAGCCGCCGUGUUCUCGGCCAUGGAGCGGCCGCUGGAGGUGCGGGCUGAGCGGGCGUGGGGCCGCCGGCUGGACAACUUCAGCCGCACCUACAACAUCAGCCGCCCGCUGCUCGCCGCCUUCCUCCGCGACUACGAGAAAGCCCAUGGAGCCGGCGUCAGGGUGGAGCCCCGCCGGCCCCGCUGGGACUUCCCUGGAGCAUUCUACUUUGUCGGGACCGUGGUGUCCACUAUAGGUUUCGGGAUGACCACGCCAGGGACCCUCGGGGGCAGAGUCUUCCUGAUCUUCUACGGGCUGGUGGGAUGCGCUGCCACCAUCCUCUUCUUCAACCUGUUCCUGGAGAGGACCAUCACGCUGCUGGCCUACGUGCUGCGCUGGUUCCACCAGCGGGGGCUGGAGCGGGGCGGGGGUGCGGGGGGACCCUCCACCCACAGGCCGUCCAACCUGUCGGGGGAGGUGGACAGCUUGGACAGCUGGAAGCCUUCGGUCUACUACGUGAUGCUGAUCCUGGGUUUGGCCUCCAUGGUCAUCUCCUGCUGCGCCUCGGCUAUCUACUCACCCAUGGAAGGCUGGUCCUACGGCGAGUCUCUCUACUUCUGCUUUGUGGCCUUCAGCACCAUUGGCUUCGGCGACCUGGUGAGCAGCCAGCGGCAAGCCUACUCCAACCCGGCGCUCUACCGGGCCGGCAACUUCCUCCUCAUUCUCAUGGGGGUGUGCUGCCUCUACUCGCUCUUCAACGUGUCCUCCAUCAUCAUCAAGCAGUUCCUCAAUUGGAUGUUGAGGCGGAUGGAGUGCCGGGGUUGCCAGCACGGGAGGCGGAGGGGGAUGCCGAGGGCUCACUGCAACGCCGUGCACCCGCUGGCCGGCAAGUCGCGCGGGGGCCGCGUCUCGGUGGAGACGGUGGGCGACAGCGAGACGGAGGGGCGCCGCCUGUCGGGGGAGAUGAUCUCCGUCAAGGACUUCCUGGCCUCCAACAAGGUGUCCCUGGCCAUCAUGCAGAAACAGCUGUCCGAGACGGCCAACGGCGGCCCCAGGCAGAGCCACGCGCGGUGCAACGGGUUCUCCGGGGGGGUUGGCGCCCUGGCUAUCAUGAACAACCGGCUGGUGGAGACCAGCAUGGACAGGUAACCUACGGGGCUGGAAAUGGACACAUUAAUGCUGGAGUAACUCAGCGGGACAGGCAGCAUCUCUGGGGCGAAGGAAAUGGGUUGAGAAGGUUUACGGGGCAAAGGAAAUGGGUGACGUUUCAGGGUCGAGACCCUUCCUCCCAUAGCUCUGGGCCUCACUCACCCACAUCCGCAAUGGACCUCAACUAUACUUCAUUCAACGGCAGAUCCACGUCCUCAACAAACCCCCUACUCAUCUACCUGUCCCGCCUCUCCAGGGCUAGAGCCCUUGUCAGCCCAUGGAAACGCAGGUGGAGCUCUGGCAGUAGAAAGAGACUCUCAUCAUCAGAUCGAAUCCAGAGCGGAGAGGAAGGAGUUUCAAGACUCUUUCACCAACAAGAAGAAGGCCACCAGGAUGUUGGUCUCAUACUAGGAUCUGAGAUGGUUGGUUGGCAUCAGUCUUUGGCUGUCUGGACUAGUCUCAGCAACUGGUCCGAAUCCUUCAACUCAUUAGGCCUGGAUGUGGAGAGGAUGUUUCCACCAGUGGGAGAGAGUCUACAGCCUCAGAAUUAAAGGACGUUCCUUUAGGAAGGAGAUGAGGAGGAAUUUCUUCAGUCAGAGGGUGGUGAAUCUGUGGAAUUCAUUGGCAUAGAAGACUGUGGAGGUCAAGGCAAUGGUGUUUUUAAGAUGGAUACAGAUAGAUUUGUGAUUAGUGCGGGUGUCAGGGGUUAUGGGGAGAAGGCAGGAGAAUGGGGUUAGGAGGGAGAGAUAGAUCAGCCAUGAUUGAAUGGCAGAGUAGACUUGAUGGGCCGAAUGGCCGAAUUCUGCUCCUAUCACUUAUGAAGGAGUUUAAAGACUUUAUUUCACCAAAAAGAGGAUGCCUAUCAGGAUGUUGAUCUUCUACUUGGAUCUGAGAUGGUUGGCAUUAGUGAUGUCUCAGCAACAGGUCCAACUUCAUCUGGUUGGCCUCAGAGUUGGAUUGUCUAGACCAGGCUCAGCCACAGGUCCAAGAACUUCUGACGGCGAGAGGCAACAUCUUCAGUCCCUCCUUGCUCGAUGCCAAGCCUUGGUUGGAGCGGCAGAGGAUGCUGCCACCUUCAGGGCAGGAAGGGAGGUCACCGAGUUGGACACAAAAUGCCGGGGUAACUCAGCGGGACAAGGCAGCAUCUCUGGAGAGAAGGAACGGGUAACGUUUCGGGCUACCGUGAAUGGGUUCGCUCUUCAUGUUGACGUUCACUUGUGCGAGGACUUGAACGUGGUAAGAUGACCCGAGGCUCUUCACCAAGAACAUGACUCGGACAACCUGAUACCAAAGCACAAGCGAUCCAAAGCUUGGUCAAAGUGUCGGAGGUUGUGGAGAGAAGGCAGGAGAAUGGGGUUAGGAGGGAGAGAUGAUUGAAUACAUUUGAUGGGCCGAAUGGCCUAAGCCUUGCCCCUAUCACUUAUGACUCAAGCCCUUUGAUCACCAUCCCUCAUCAAGGCUGCUGCCCCCGGUGGAAGGGAGGCCAUUUUACACCUUCUUGGUUCUUGGUUUCUUGGUCCUCCAAAAUAUUCCAACUGGAAUUUAAACUGGAGGUGGUGAAGGGAGGACUUAAGCCAGAAAGGGUUAUUGGGAAGAAAGAGCUACUUUAAAUGUAGUUGCAUCUGGUUGGGUAACUAUAGUUGGGUGGAGAUUAUUCCAUGCUUUAAUUGUGCGGGGGAAGAACGAAUUGCUGUACAUAUCUGUCUUUGUAGCUGAGAUCACAAAUUGGAUCAAAUGCCCUCGUCUGCUCCUAAUUGGUUUGGGGGACUUGAUGGGCCGACUGGCCUGCUCCUAUCCCUUAUGACCCAAUGAGCAAAGUGCAGGGAGAGGGGCCUUAAAGACUAACACGGAGGAGUAUGGACGAGGGAGAGAAUGCCAAUGUUUUGGGCUCAGCAGCUGGAGAAUGGAGAAAUUGACAGAGGGAAUGAUCGCGAGGAUGGAAUUGGAAGAGUGAAGACUGAACUUGAGAGACUCGGUCAAAUGCUCUAGAACUUGCAAUAUACUGUGAACACCAGUUAAUUAAACGGGAAGGCGAAUUGCAUCAAAGAUGGCUUGCAAAAUCUGUUACAGAGUUGUAGAACGUGUCUGUUGAUAUUUGUAAAACU